AUGUCUGCUGAAAAUCAACAAGCCGCUGAAACUGUUGCCGCUGUCGUCGAAGAAGUCGUCGCCGCUCCAGAAUUGCCAAAAUCUGAUCCACCAGCUGAGAAUGUUGCACCGGCCGCUGAAAAUGCUGAAGCUGCUCCAGUUGCUGCAGAGGUAGGGUGUGAUUUUUUUUCAGCUAGAAAAUUUCGAGAUUUUUGAGCCUGGAGCUUGGUUUUAAGGCAAAAAUUUGAAUUUCUCCUUUUCCCGCGCGAAUAAUUUGUGUACUUCUCUCGGACAAGAUAAAAAUUAAUAAAUUUUGCCUUUGGCUCUCAAAAAUAUUUGAAAAUUCACAAAAGUUUGGAUUUUUCAUAAUUAGCGCCUAAAAAUGUUCACAAAAUUUGAAAAUUUCAAUUUCCCGCACAAAUUCUCGUUUUGUUUUUUCGAACAAUUCAAAAAUUGAAUUCUCUUCUUUUCCCGCUUGAAUAGUUUGUGUAGUUCUCUUGGACAAUUCAAAAUUUUUGCGAAAUUUUAAUUUUUCAUAAUUAGCGCCUCAAAAUGUUGAUAAAAUUCGACAAUUUCAAUUUCCCAUACAAAAGCACGUGUAGUUCUUUUGGACAAUAGAAGAUUAACUAAAAAUUCAAAUUUUCCUCAUUUCCCGCUCCAAUAUUGUGUACUUCUCUCGGACAAGCCGAAAAAUGUGCAUUUUUCAAGCUUCUCCCUUUCUCAUUUUUGCCAACACCAAAACCCGAAACCCGAAUUUUAUUAUCUCGAUUUUCCAUUAAAACGAGACGAGCCCUGUGCUGUGUUUUCUCGUCCAUUUAAUUGGUUUAUCUUGGUCAGCAAGCAAAAAAAGGGGAAGAAAAAUGGCUUUUUUGGGAGGGGAAUGAAGCAGGAAAAUGGUCAUUUUUCAAAUGAAAAAUGGGGGAUUUUUUAGCCAAAAUUGGUAGAAAAAUGAGAUUUUUGAGCCAAAAUUGAGCUGAAACCUAAAAUCUGUAAUUUUCAGCCAGCCGCUGAGGGAGAAGCUGCCGCCCCAGCUGAAGAGACCAAAGAAAAGAAGUCGGGAGGAAUUGCACGUCGUUUCACAUUCAACAAACGAUGGGGAAAACAUCGUGACGAGGCUGCUGCACCAAAAGAGCCAGAAGCACCAAAAGAUCCAAAGGAAGAUGUGUUGGGAUGGAUUGCUCAACAAAUUCCACAAGCUGUUCAUAAGGUGAGGAUUUGAGCGGAAAUUUGGGAAAAUUAGAGUUGUUGAGCUAGAAAUCUUGAUUUUUUGUGCUCAAAAAGUUGGCCUAGAGCUCAAAUUUUCACUAAAAAAAUUCAAUUUUCCUCCAUUUCCCACUCAAAAACAUGUUUGGCUUAGGCAGAUGUAUUUAGAGAGCGUAAUUUAAACGAUUUCCCUUUUUUUGAACAAUGUGCCAAAAAGGCAGAUGUUUUGUGAAAAAUCUGGUGUAAUUGAGGAAAUUGGGUAAUUUUCGAUGAAAAAUUGAGGUUUUUUGAAGAUUUUUGACCAAAAAAAGAUUGAGAAAAUCUAAUUUUUAUUGAAAGUUUGCGAAUUUUCAAAGAAUUCAGCUGAAUUUGAUAAUUUUCAGUUUCAGAGGCUGAAAUUCACAUUUUCCAGUGGAGUUUUAGAAUGUUCUAUUGCUUGUGACCUUCAGAACUCAAAAAAUGAGCCUGAAUCUAGAAAAUUGGUGAUUUUGGAGGUUAUAAGCAAAAGAAUGGUCUAGAAUUCCACUAGAAAAUGUGAAUUUUAGCUUCUGAAAUUGAAAAUUCACAAAUUUUGAAAUUCCCGCCAAAUUCUUUGAAAAUUUCUGUCCAAAUCACAUACUCUAUUCAAAAAUUCGUGAAAAUCUCGAAUUUCACAGUGUUUUAUUUGAUUAAAGGUGUUUUAUUGACACAUUUUCUCUCUUCUAUGAGUAGUACUUUACGAUUGUGAAAAAGAACACCCACCCGAAACUACUACAUUUUACACCUGUCUUCUACCUUGUCUGUCAACACAAUUAUUUAUUAUUCAUGAGAAAAAUUUGCGGGCUUCAUGAAUACGAAAUUAAUUUGUUCGUUCGGAUUUUUGUUGGCGCCCUGGCGAAAUUAUGGGAUUUUUUGAUUGGGUGGGAAGGCGCCAAGCAAAAAAACUGGUUUUCUCUUCGAAUUCGAAGAUUUUGGGAUUAGUAACACAUUUUCCCUUGUUUUUCAGGGAUUAUGGGGGAUUUUGAGGGGUUUUGUGAAAGUACAGGAUUUGCAGAGGAAGUAGGGGCUGAAAAUUUGAAAAAUUGGGGAUUUUUGGAGGUCUGGAAGUUAUAUAUGGAAAAUUCUAGAAUUGGGCUAGAAAAUGCGAACCGCAGCUUCUGGGGCUUGAAAUUACAGAAAAUUUGGAUUUUGAGCUUCAGAAGCUGAAAAAUUACAAAAUGUUGUUCAAUUUGUGCAAUUUCAGCCGAAAUUUACUGAAAAUGGGAUUUUUGAGGCGUUCAACUGAAAAGUUACGAUUUUUCAUGUAUUUGAACUUACUGGAGUUCUAAAUUUGACUGAAAAUUUGGAUUUCUAAAGUUCCGAAGUUGGAAAAAAUGCUGAAUUUCAAGGAAAAUUGGAUUUUCUGAUAGAAACACUAGUUUUCAUCGAAAUUAGGAAAAUUCUAAGCUUCUAGAUUAAAUUCUAGAAUUACCGCAUUCUCCCCAGAAUUUUCUAGAGAUCUGCAGAUUCUCUGGAAAAUUCUAGACAGUUUCUUCUCGGCGCUCUCUCCGAUUUUGGUUGAAAAUCCAGGUUUCUCGAAAUUUCUAGAAUUCUCUACAGAAAAUCUCGAUUCUUCUAGAAAAUUCCAGAAUUUUCUAGACAGUUUUCUCUUUCUCUCUGCACCCUCUUCGAAUCCUAUACUCUCUAACCGCCCGUCCCAAAGAUCUCAUGAAUAAUUGUGUGCCCUUUUUGCAAUUUGUCGUGUUGUUCUUUCUUAUUCUUCUUCUUCUUUUUGGAGAUCAUAAAAAUGCAAUGCAUGACUUAUUAGAGAGAACUAGGAAAGAAGGGGCCAUGGUCAUUUUUUGGUUGACUUUUUUUUGUUUUGUUUUGAUGUACCUGGUAUUAGUCAUGGUAUAGAAACAGUUAUUAUCUAUUUUUCCUCUUCUUCUUCUUUGUCGGCAGCUUUUUUGUGUAGUUCUCGAGGACAAGUCGAGGGUUGCGCAAUAAUGGGUGGAAUGACAAAUGAAAAGAGGGCGAAUUCUCUUGGGACGCUGCCGCAAAAAUUGCCGUUCUCUUCGACUAUUUUUGGACGAGUGCACUUUUUUGUUUUUGCAAAAUGAGAGAAGGGGUUUUAUGGGUUGAGAGAAUGAUGAAAUAUUGAGAUGGCGAUGGGAAAUGUACGAUUUUUUGGAGGAAAUUUUGGAAUUUGCGCACGAAAUUUAUGAGUCUAACAUGAAGAUUUUGGGAUUUUGAAGCUGAAAAUCUAAAAAAUUCACCAAAAAUUAGGUCAUCGACCGGAAAUUCACGAUAUUUAGGUUGAAAACUAGAAAAUUAUGCAUUUUGAUCUCAAAAAUCAUUAAAUUGGGCCAAAGUUACGAUUUUCUCGCUCGAACUUGUGAUAUAGUCUUCAAAAUUAGAAAUUUUCAGCUGAAAAUUAUGAAAUUCAGGAUUUUCUCGCUGAAAUUUGUCGCAUAGCCUUGAAAAAUCGAAAUUUUCAGCCAAAUUUCGAUUUUUCAGCUGAAAAUCUCGAAUUGUCACCCAAAAUUAUGAUUUCUUGAUAGUUUUGAAGUUAGAGCUAGAAAAUCUUGGAAUUAAAAAUUUGAAAAACCGAAAUAUUUUCUCAAAUAUCAAUCCAAUUUUAAUUGCAGGCCAACUACCAAGUGCUCGACUGGAUCCAAAACACAGCCGUCGAAAACGAGGCCGAUCGCAAAGCGAUUCCGGGCAAAGAUCAAUCCACCACCCGCAAUCAAUUCUUGGGAUUCUUGAGAGACGGUGAUUUGCUCGUCAAAUUGGCCAACACUCUUCAGGUAUGUGGUUUUUGGGGGAGGUUUUGGGCUUAAAAUUGGUCAAAUUUUGGUUCAAAAUGGGUAUUUUUGAUGAAUUUUGCACCAGAAAUCUUCAUUUUGGACCUUUUUAUCCAAAAAAUCGGUUUUUUAUGGCUUUUAACCCCAAAUUUGCCAGAUUUUGCUCAAAAAGGUCAUUUUCCCUCACAUUUUCCGACCUCUAAUUACCUCCCAUGGAACCCUGAAAUUAAUUUGUAUAUUAAUUACCCUAAUUAAUUACUGUAGAGGAAUUUGUUGACCUUUUUCUCUUCUCUUCCCCUUGUUUUUCCUGGUCAAAACAAAUAAUAAUAAUUCAUAUCAUCGCCCCCCGAAAAUGAUGAUAUGAUUAGGAUGAUUUUUAUUGUUGUUGACAUUUGGUUUUCGGAAUUUUGAAGGAGAAAUGAGGGAUUUGGUGGAUUUUUGGGCCUGGAAAUGGGGAAAUUUGACCUGAAAUUGGGGCUGAGCGCGAAAUUUCAGUUCUAGACUAUUUUUGAGCUGAAAAGCUGAAAUUUUUAAUCGAAUCUAGUCUAAAAAUGCGAUUUUUCAGUCAGAAACUCGGAAUUUCAGUUCGAGACUAUCUUUGAGCUGAAAAUCUGGAAUUUUUUAAUCAGAAAGAGUUUUGAUAGGAUUUUUCAGCUUAAACCCCUAAAAUUUAGCUUUGGACUAUUUUCACCUAGAAAUUUUCAUCAAAAAUCAAUUCCAGGACCUAAAUUUAACCCAGAAAAUCUAGUUUAAAAAAUUGAUUUUGGGAAUUUUUAUACUACCUAAAAAGCAGAUUUCUACCCAAAAAAUAAUACCGGACUUUGCCUAACUCCAUAUAACUCUGAAAAUUAGGUUUUUAGCUGAAAAAGCUUUCCAAAAAAUCAAUUUUCAUCCCCGACUUCCCCUAACUCAAAUUUUUCAUUGCAGGCUGGAGCCAUCGAACCAGCAGUCGCUGAAGAAAACGCUGACGCCGCCGCCCAAAAAGAGGUUCAAAAGAAGAAUAUCGAAUCAUUCGCCACAUGGGCCGGACAAACUUUGGGAGCUGAAAAUGUGUUGAAAGCCGAAGAUUUGUUGGAAAAAGGAAAAGCUGGAUAUUCGGCAGUCUUUUCGACUUUGUGGCAAUUGGGAGUUCAAGCCAAAGAAAAAUUCGAAAAGGAUGGAUUUGAUGUUGAGACAAUUGUCAAUAUUGCGAGCCAAGUUGUGAAGAGCGGAUUGUUGACCACGAUUUUGGGAUUCUUUAGAGUGAGUGCGACAUUUUUGGGUGAUUUUGAGCUGAAUUUUAUGAAAAUUGACCUAUUUUGAAGAAUUUCGCUUAGAAAAUUAGUAAAAAUAGUGGAUUUUGAUGAUUUUCAAUCGGAAAUUUGAAUUUUUGACCAACAUCGAGUUUUAGGGUCAUUUCAAAGUGAAAACCAUGAAAAUCGACCCAAAAUUUGAGUUUUGAGCAAAUUUGGAGCAUUUCGUGAUAAAUUGGAUUUUUGGCUGGAAAUUUAGAUUUUUUAAAAUGAUUUUUAAUGAAUCUUAUAUCUUCUUACUAAAAAUUGAGGAGUUCUGCUCAGAAAUUUGAGUUUUCAGCUGAAAAUUUGAAUUUUUGAGUGAAUUUGGAGCAUUUUGAUAUGAAAAAAUGCUCAAUAUUCUGAAUUUCACUGAAAAAUCUGAAAUUUUCAUCUGAAAAUCUCCCAACCUCAAUUUUUUUCAGAGAAACCGUCAACCAGUCACCGAAGAGGCGAAAGAAGGCGAAAAUGCCGCUGCUCCAGCUGAAGGCGAAGCCGCCAAAGACGGAGAAGCCGCUGCGGAACCAGCUGCGGAAAGUGUCGAGGAACCGGUUGCGGUCAAGGUGAAUUUUUGAAAUUUGGCUCUUUAUGAGCUGAAAUUUGUGAAAUUUGGCUCUUUUUGAGCUGAAAAUCAUGAAAAAUGCUCUUUUCUAACCCAAAAUUAAUUUCAGGUCGAAACCAGUGCUCCAGCCGCUGUUGCUGCCAAUUAG